AUGGAACUGGUGUGCCGUUCCCAAGAAACACGGAAGUUCUACCAAAAGCUCAACGCAUCCCGCAACGGCUUCGUGCAGCGAGCCGAAAUGUGCAAGGAUAAGGACGGGAGCUUCUUGACGGACGGACGUAAGGUGAUUGAACGGUGGAAGCAGCACUUCGAUGCGCACCUGAUUGGCGAGGAGAACGUAGGCACGGGCGACCAGCGCAAUGGAGGAAACGACUACGUCAGUGCAGCAGAGGACGGAACUGAUCCAACUCCCACGCUGAGGGAAGUAAAGGAUGCCAUUCAACAGCUUAAAAACAACAAAGCAGCUGGUAAGGAUGGUAUAACACCCGAACUCAUCAAGAUGGGCCCAGAAAAGUUAGCCGCCUGCCUGCAACAGGAUCAGGGAAACAGAACAGCUACCGGAGGAGUGGAAGAAGGGGACCCAUUUAUCUACCAAAAAUCAAUUCCAUCCCGUAAUCAUCAUCAUUAUCAUCAUCAUCAUCAUCAUCAUCAUCAUCAUCAUCAUCAUCAUCAUCAUCAUCAUCAUCAUCAUCAUCAUCAUCAUCAAAGUCUUCCCAUUCCCAAUAACGGAGACGAUGGACGUGGCAAUGGUAGAUUCAUCCCUGGGCAUCGUAGAGGAAUCAAACAGCUAUGUGUGAAGCAUUACUUCUAA